AUGGAGGACUAUAAGUUAGUGAAACACGCUGCUCCACGCAAAUAUUCGUACAACGACUCAAAAACAGUGAUCCAUGUCAAGUCGUCCACGCCGUUUAUGUCUGCGGUGAAACGGAUCGACAAGACUUUUGGCUACUAUGACUCAAAGUACACCAAGAAGGGAAAACCCAUCCCCAACGAGAACAAAAACGUGGGCUACAUUACGGUGCGCGGAAUGGGAAAGACCAUUCUCAAGGUGAUGAACCUGGCGUUGUACUUUGAGCAUGAACAGAACCGCAAAGUGGAGGUGUUUACAAAAACCCUGACGGUUCUGGACGAGUUGAAAAGCACAAACAAAGACAAGGACGAUGUUUUCCAAAAAAGACAAGUGAGCUGUGUGGAGUUGCGCAUCCAUUUUACCAAAUCAUAG